AUGUCCUCUUCCUCCACCUCCUCCUGCGACGGGAGCGGGAACCCUAGCCCGCCCGCGGCGGCGGCGUCGGCGGCGGGUCCCGCGGCGCAGUGGCCCAGGCGGCAGUGCCGGGACGUGUUCUGGCUGGUGGUCUUCCUCCUCCACCUGCUCGUCUUCGGCGCCGCGCUCGCGCUCUUCGGCCUCAACCGCUUCCGCCAGGCCGACCGCUUCAACAUCGGCCGCUACGCCAACCUCACCGCGGAGCCCUGGGGCACCAACACCCCCGCCGGCUCGCCGGACCCCGCUCCCGCGCCGCCGCCGCCCUCCGUCUACCGCUCCGAGGACCCCUCCGUGCCGGCGUCCGAGCUCACCGAGACGUACUGGAAGUACUACGGCGCCGCGGGCGCCGUCGGGGCCGCGCUCGCGUGGGCGUGGCUCGCGGCGGCGGCCUGGAGGAAGGACGGCGGCAAGGUGGUCAUGCGGACCGCCGUGCACUGCCUCACGGCCUACCUCGCCGUCGAAGUUACUGGGUUGCUUUUUGCUAGGUUUCCCUUCACAAUGCUAGUACUACAGAAGGCAGUAAGAAUGGUACGGGAACUUCCUGAUGUGAUGCGAAUUGCUUAUGCGUUUGUGGUAGUCAUGCUUUGUUGGAUGGCAUUAUGGUCCUUUGGAGUUUCUGGUAUUGUUGCAUUUGGCAUUCCAAAUGGUGGGCAAUGGUGGCUUCUUUUGAUUUUUUCAGUCAGUUUAUUUUGGACUGGAGCUGUCCUUAGCAAUACAGUUCAUGUCAUUGUCUCAGGGAUGGUUUUCCUCGUUCUCAUUCAUGGUGGUCCAGCUGCUGCAACAAUGCCCCCAAAGCCUCUUCUGAAAUCUCUUCAGUAUGCUGUGACAACUUCAUUUGGAAGCAUUUGCUAUGGAUCACUUUUUACCGCUGCUAUUAGGACUUUACGAUGGGAGAUUCGUGGAAUUCGUUCUAAAAUUGGCAGCAAUGAGUGUUUGCUAUGUUGUAUUGAUUUUUUGUUUCAUAUUGUGGAGACGCUUGUUCGCUUCUUCAACAAAUAUGCAUAUGUACAGAUAGCAGUUAAUGGACAGAGUUUCAAUCGCUCAGCUAGGGACGCUUGGGAGCUGUUUCAAUCCACAGGCAUCGAAUCGCUUGUUGCUUAUGACUGUUCGGGUGCUAUCCUUCUGAUGAGCACCAUUUUAGGUGGAUUAAUUACUGGAACCUGCAUGGGCGUUUGGACAUAUUUCAAACAAAGUGAUAAAGCUGUUAUGGUUGGUUCAACCUCCAUGCUGAUGGGUAUGAUACUGGUUAGCGUUGCCGGUUUGAAAUUUGGAAUGGACAAUUCUAAGGCCCUGUCUGGACCCACCCCAAAUUGUGCAAGUUCACUCGAAUUUCACAAUCUGGGGUUGAUGGAUCGUGAGGACCAAUAG